UUUCGAUGUUGCAAGAUCAAAAAGCUUCAAGUUGAUGUUGGAAGCAGUUGGAAACUACGGUCUUCAUUUGAAACCUCCAAGCUAUCAUGAGUUGAGGGUUCCACUCCUUGAAAAAGAGUUGGAAUAUACAAACACUUUGUUGAUUGGUCAUCAAUUGCAUCGUGCAAAAUACGAAUGCUCAAUUAUGUCAGAUGGUUGGACAGACAGAAAGAAUAGGACUUUGAUAAAUUUCUUGGUGAAUUCCACAGCAGGAACAAUGUUUGUGAAGAGUAUUGAUGCUUAUGCUUACAUGAAGACUGUGAUUAAGAUAUUUGAGCUAUUGGACAAUUUUGUUGAGGAGAUUGGUGAGCAAAAUAUUGUGCAAGUGGUUACUGACAAUGGAAGUAAUUAUGUAUUGGUCGGUAAACUACUAACUACCAAGAAACCACACUUGUUUUGGACUCCGUGUGCUGCACAUUGUCUAUACCUGAUGUUAGAAGAUAUUGGAAAGAUUGCUAAGGUUAAAACAGUUAUUCAAAAAGGGAUUAGUCUCGUCGGCUUCAUUUAUAACCACACAUUAGCGUUGAACAUCAUGAGGAAGAACACUGACAAUGUUGAAUUGGUUAGACAUAGAGUCACAAAGUUUGCUACCACAUUUCUUACUUUGCAAAGAUUGCAUAAACAAAAAACCAACCUUAGAAAGAUUUUCACUUCAGAAGAAUGGUUGAAGUCCAAGGCAGCUAACGAUCCUAAGGGAAAGAAGGCAACUCGUAUUGUAUUUUUGACAUCUUUUUGGAAUGAUAUCAUCUACACUCUUAAAGUUAUGGGACCUCUUGUAUAAAUGUUAAAACUUGUUGAUAAUGAGAAAAAAUCUGCAAUGAGAUACAUAUAUGCAGCAAUGAUCAAGACCAAAGAGGAUAUUCGAAAAGCUUUCAAUGAACAAGCAAGCAAGUACAUAUAUGUAUUUGCAAUCAUUGAUGAAAGGUGUAAAUGUCAACUUCAUCAUUCAUUGCAUGCUGCAAGCUACUACCUAAACCCGAAGUAUUUUUAUAGCAAA